CUGCGGUUCCAGCCAGGCUGACGCCGCCGAGGCUGUGUGGCGCUCGGCUGGAGCUGCUGCAGCUGAAGGAGUGGAGGCUCCGGGCUCCGCAAACCUGCGUCGACGUAGCUGGAAAAAAGUGAGCGCUGUACCGGAAAUGGCUGCGUAUUCACAAUAAAAUAAAAGGCGGAAGUACAGCUUUAUAGAUUUAUAAUGCGCUAACAUAUAAAUAUAUAGGUAUGAUAGAAAUAGUUCUCAGCAGAAAAAAUAUUUUUUACCUAAACUAGUAGAUCUGACUGUACUAAUCGUAUAAUUAAAAUAUAUCAUUGUGUAAUAGAUUAGUACAAAACAUGCAAGUAAUGUUUUUAUAGGCUUUUAUUUUUUGUUUUCCUUAAAUAAUUUUUCCAAGUGUUUUAUAUGUUACAAUAAGUUCAGCGUAACAGUUUACACCUGUCAUGCAUUUUAGUGGCCGUUGCCCUGCUUUUAUUUUGAAACUCGGACUGGAGUCACUGUUUACUGCGGUUGACUUGACAAACGUCAACACAGCAGCCCUCAGACAAACACGCGUCGGUUCAGACACACCUUCGCUGACCUACUACAGACGGGAAGUCUCUGCACGCACACCUCUGUCUGCGGCGCGCUCCUGACAACACAGACGAUUGAAACGUGACCUGGAGUUCUGGCUGUAUGAGGACUAACCUUCCCUGCAGGAGACUUCGACUCCAGAGGGGAAUCAGAGUUUGCGCUGCUGCCGCAGGAAGUCCAACUCCUCGGCCGGCGCUGCUCGGAAGUAACAUCAGAUUACGAAGAAUCAGUCUGUUUCCACAGACUACCUCUCUCAUUCUUAGAUCUCUGCUUCUGUUCUGCUCUCGUUGCCCAUCACUCCUGCCCUCCAGGGGACCUUUAUCCGUUUAACAGCACCCAUCAGCCCAUCUCGUCAACCCAUAAUGAACUCAUCUACCUCCAUUACGUCCUUGUUCUCCUUCACCAGCCCGGCAGUGAAGCGCCUGCUCGGCUGGAAACAAGGGGACGAGGAGGAGAAGUGGGCGGAAAAGGCCGUGGACUCUUUAGUCAAGAAACUGAAGAAGAAGAAGGGGUCGAUGGAGGAGCUGGAGAGGGCGCUCAGCUGCCCCGGGCAGCCCAGCAAGUGUGUGACCAUCCCUCGCUCGCUGGACGGGAGGCUGCAGGUGUCCCACAGGAAGGGCCUGCCCCACGUCAUCUACUGCCGGGUGUGGCGCUGGCCCGACCUGCAGUCCCACCACGAGCUCAAGGCGCUGGAGUGCUGCGAGUUCCCCUUCGGCUCCAAGCAGAAGGACAUCUGCGUCAACCCCUAUCACUACCGGCGCGUGGAGACUCCAGUGCUGCCACCGGUUCUGGUCCCGCGCCACAGUGAGUUCAACCCGCAGCACAGUCUGCUGGCCAAGUUCCGCAACGCGUCCCUGCACAACGAGCCCCUGAUGCCCCAGAACGCCACCUUCCCCGACUCCUUCCCCGCGCUGCCCUGCUCCUCCUUCCCCUCCUCCUCCCCUUCCUCCUCCUCCUCGCUCGCCCAGUCCCCCACCUCGCAGAGUUACCCCAGCUCCCCCAGUAGCUCCGCGGAGCCCGGCAGCCCGUAUCACAUCGCAGCAGAGACGCCUCCCCCUCCGUACAGCAUGAUGGAGACGAGCCCUCAGGAGGACGUGAAGCCCGGCAGCGCCACAGAAGGCACCAAGCUCACGUUUUCAGCUCCGCACCGAGACCUGCGGCCCGUGUGCUACGAGGAGCCGGAGUACUGGUGCUCCAUAGCUUACUACGAGCUCAACAACCGGGUCGGGGAGACGUUCCACGCGUCGUCCCGCAGCGUCCUGGUGGACGGCUUCACGGACCCGUCCAACAACAAGAACCGCUUCUGCCUCGGCCUGCUGUCCAACGUCAACCGCAACUCCACCAUCGAGCACACGCGCAGGCACAUAGGCAAAGGGCUACACCUGUAUUACGUGGGGGGCGAGGUGUACGCGGAGUGCCUGAGCGACAGCAGCAUCUUCGUCCAGAGCCGCAACUGUAACUUCCAGCACGGCUUCCACGCCACCACCGUCUGCAAGAUCCCCAGCGGCUGCAGCCUCAAGAUCUUCAACAACCAGCUGUUCGCGCAGCUCCUGGCGCAGUCCGUCAACCACGGCUUUGAGGUCGUCUACGAGCUCACCAAGAUGUGCACCAUCCGCAUGAGCUUCGUGAAGGGCUGGGGAGCAGAAUACCACCGCCAGGAUGUGACCAGCACCCCCUGCUGGAUUGAGGUGCACCUGCACGGGCCCCUACAGUGGUUGGACAAGGUGCUCACACAGAUGGGCUCCCCACACAACCCAAUUUCUUCAGUGUCGUAACGCUCGCGGUCCUUCACACAGGAAGUCGUAGAUUCUGUAUGUUUUUCUAUGUCCAGCCUUCUGUCCGAUCGCCGCUCUCGUUACAUCUCAUCCAAAAUGAUACCUGUCGCAUCAAGCCGCAAAGCUGGAAGACUAGAUUUUUAUUUAGCUUAUUUAAGUUAUCGUCCAUGUAGUUGAUGGUCGAUUAGAGAUUGUCCAACUCGAGACCUCCUACUCGACACAGCGUGGAUUAAGUAGAGUUUUGAGUGCGUUCCAAAUCAUGUGACCAAUGCGGCCCAAAGCUUUAAAAACAUGGCAAGCGGACCGCAGAUGAUCUAGAGGAUGAUAGAUGAUCUAUAAGAUAGACUGGUUUCACAUUACAGAUGUCUAUUAUGUAUUUAUGACAAGUCCAAACUGUAAUUAAAGACUACAACUCCAUUUUGACAAGUCACAAUUCCAAUAAAAAUAUUUUUAAUAGUCAGGCAACAGUGCCGUGUGAGCAGCUCUUCUCUGAAGCUGGAGAAUUAGUGAGAAGCUGAUUAAAGCCACGUUUUUUUUUAUUCUACAUUAAGAAAUGUUUGUCAUUUGGUUUAGCAGAAGCAACAGCUCUAUAAUCUGACUAUCAAACAUAUUUCCACAUCAAGGCUACUUAUUAUUAUCCACAGAGAAACACAUUUAAACUCCUUAUUAAAUAGCUUUUAUUUGAGAAUAAAACAUGGACUGUGAUCCUGAACAACCACGUAUCAGUGAGGGUUUAACCGUCAGUUUGCGCUGAUUGCAGUUCUCGCACACAACCAGCAGAUGUCGCUGUUCUGGCUGUGUCAAAUGGUGACGAGUUCAACCCAACUGUGUCAUAGUUGCUCAGUGAUUCAUGAGGCUUUGAUGUCGCCAUCUCUAUGGUCAAUUGCUCAUUCAUUUCAGUACGGUAAAGCAUUUAUCCUCUCUCUUCAUUGGGAACUGUUACGCUCACUCCAAGGUGAAGCAAAUAUGGGAUGUGUUUGUAGGUACUGGGGCAAAGGGGCCCCUAAUCCCUCUGUCUCUGUAGGACGUGCUAUAAAUGUUAUUGCAGUGGUAUGUACUGUAUUUCCACGUAUGGACUAAUAUUUAACUUCAUGUGCAAGUUGCUUUUUUCCUUGUUGCAUUAAAGAUGGUUUUCUUUAAA